AACUAAAUGACAAUCAAGUAAAGUUAAAUAAAUAUGAUGCCAGAGAUGGGCAUUUACUUUUAAAUGUGUGUUUUGUAACGUGUACUUUACCCUCUUGCAGGAACAUCAAUUGACAGUAAGAGGAGUGCAACUGAUCACAGCACAGGAUGGGUAUCUAUUUUCUUCUGUUAAUUGUAGGGUUUUGCUGGGCACAGUACAACCCUAAUACUCUCUCUGGGAGGACGUCUAUUGUACAUCUCUUUGAAUGGCGCUGGGCCGAUAUUGCUCUUGAAUGUGAACGCUAUUUAGCUCCUAAUGGAUUUGGAGGAGUUCAGGUUUCACCUCCAAAUGAAAAUAUUGUCAUUACUAACCCGAACAGACCCUGGUGGGAAAGAUACCAGCCCAUCAGCUACAAGCUCUGCACUCGAUCAGGAAAUGAAAAUGAAUUCAGAGACAUGGUGACCAGAUGCAACAAUGUUGGAGUUCAUAUUUAUGUGGAUGCUGUUGUCAAUCAUAUGUGUGGGGCUGCAGGUGGCUCAGGCACACAUUCAACCUGUGGAAGCUAUUUUAAUGCUGGGAACAGAGAUUUUCCAGCUGUGCCAUACUCUGGCUGGGAUUUCAAUGAUGGCAAAUGUCGAACUGGAAGUGGAGAUAUUGAAAAUUAUGGUGAUAUGUAUCAGGUCCGGGACUGUCGCUUGGUUAGCCUUCUUGAUCUGGCCCUGGAGAAGGACUAUGUACGCUCAAAAGUUGCUGAGUACAUGAAUUAUCUCAUUGAUAUUGGCGUAGCAGGCUUCCGAAUUGAUGCUGCCAAGCAUAUGUGGCCUGGGGACAUAAGAGCCUUUCUGGACAAGCUGAAAAAUUUAAAUACUAAAUGGUUUUCUGCAGGAACAAAACCUUUCAUUUACCAGGAGGUAAUUGACUUGGGCGGAGAGCCAAUCAAAGGCAGUGACUACUUUGGAAAUGGCCGAGUGACAGAAUUCAAAUAUGGUGCAAAACUGGGGACAGUGAUCCGCAAGUGGAAUGGAGAAAAGAUGGCCUACUUAAAGAACUGGGGAGAAGGCUGGGGCUUUGUGCCUUCCGACAGAGCCCUGGUCUUUGUGGAUAAUCACGACAACCAGCGGGGGCAUGGGGCCGGUGGAGCUUCCAUUCUAACCUUCUGGGACCCCAGGCUUUAUAAAAUGGCAGUUGGUUUCAUGCUUGCUCAUCCAUAUGGGUUCACACGUGUGAUGUCAAGUUUUCGCUGGCCAAGAUCUUUUGUAAAUGGACGGGAUGUCAAUGACUGGAUUGGACCACCAAGUAACUCGGAUGGGUCAGUAAAGCCUGUUACAAUCAAUGCAGACACUACCUGUGGCAACGACUGGGUUUGUGAACAUCGCUGGCGUCAAAUAAAGAACAUGGUUAUCUUCCGUAAUGUGGUGGAUGGUCAGCCUUUCUCCAACUGGUGGGACAAUGGCAGCAAUCAAGUAGCUUUUGGCCGUGGUAAUAAAGGCUUCAUCGUUUUCAAUAAUGAUGACUGGAAUAUGGAUGUCAGUUUGCAAACUGGACUGCCUGCUGGUACCUACUGUGAUGUUAUUUCUGGACAAAAGGAGGGCAACAAAUGUACUGGAAAACAGGUGUAUGUUUCUGUUGAUGGAAUGGCUAAUUUCCAGAUUAGUAACAAUGCCGAAGAUCCAUUUGUUGCAAUUCAUGUUAAUGCCAAGUUAUAAUUCAGGAGAAAUGUCCUUCUCUAUUUACUCUGUACAUUUACUCUUUCCCCCCUGUGCAAUUCCUUGGUAUUCAAGCAUGAAUGAUUCCCUGUAUCUAGUGAAUAAUAAAUGGCAAUCAAAGUGAA